AGUACUCCACUGUACUCUUUCCUCCAUGCAAAACGACGACACCAUAUGGACGUGCAUUGGACCCGGCAAGGGCUUCUGCAGCUUCAAGGUGAAACGGAAGGAUCCUCCACAAGUCUUUUGUACCAACAAAUACAACGUUACUGGUGUGUGCAGCAAGGUUACCUGUCCUCUCGCUAACAGCAACUAUGCGACUGUUAUUGAGGAUGAGGGCGUUUGCUAUCUUCAUAUCAAAACGGUUGAGCGCGCGCACAGUCCGAAGAAGCUUUGGGAGAAAAUCAAGUUGAGCAAGAACUACGCUGAGGCUCUGCAACAGAUUGACAAAGCGUUGGAGUUUUGGCCGAGCCAUCAGAUCAAUCGAUGCAAACAGAGGCUUACGCGGCUGAGGCAGACUUUGAUUAGAGCGAGGAAGUUGGAGAUGCGGGAUGAGAAGAAGGAGAUGAGUGUAGUGAAGAAGAAGACGGAGAAGAGGGAGAGGAAUAGGGAGGCUCAUGCAUUGAGAGCGGCUAAGGUUGAGGAAUCAAUUGGCACAGCGCUGUUGGCGCGGCUACGUAAGGGUACUUAUGGUGAGCUGUAUAAGAAUAAGGAGGUGGAGGAGGAAGAAGAAGAAGAACUUGAGGAAGGACUGGAAGCGGAUCACCUGAGUGGCGAAUCGGAGGACGAAGAGUAUGAGGUGGAGGAAGAGGAUGAGCUUGAAGCUAUGAUGGCCGAUGGAAAAAGCAAUUUCGUAGCGGCUGGUGAUGAUGAUGAUAAUGAUGAUGAGUCGUCGGAUGAGGAGGAAGGGGAAGAGAUUGACGAGGAAAUGGAGGAUAUCGAAGAUCAAUCCGAUCUUAUAGCAGCGCUGGGUGGCUCUAAGGCUGGUGGUGACUCGUCACGGAAAAUGCCACGUGUUGAGGUGGAGUACGAGUAUGAAGAGGAAGCUCAGCAGAAGCCACGAAUGGUCUCUGUACGGAGCCAUAAUAAGGGUGGAUCGCGAUGAAGGGCUAGUUGUGAUGAUAGCACUGUUGCAAUCAUCGCCAAGGAAUUGUUACUGUUGUUGGUUAUACCACUCCUUCCGCAGUUGUCUGCUCGACAC